AUGUUUUCUAUGCGUAUGUUCACCUUGCUGUGUGUUCCGCAAGUACCGAUUGGUGGAUCAGGCGAAGAAGGUUCUGGAUUUGAUGACGGUUCUGGAAUGGAACCAGAACUAACCGUAGGAUCGGGUUCAGGUUCGGGAUCCGAAGCUAGAUCUGAAGGAUUGGCUCUAAGUGUGGACCUCUUUGCCCUCAAGACUGCACCAAGGUGA